UAUAGUGCUGCAGUUUUUUUCUUUCUUCUUCUUUCUUUUCUGCCACAAUUUAAUCAAGAUCCUAACCACAUAUCUCACAAUCUGUUAUGGGCUUGAGAGACUUGGGGCCUGGGCCCAUAAAAGUCCAACAUUACAAAUCCACACGUCGACGUUUCAGCGAUUCCCUCGCUGCUCUUCUUCUGCUUCAUCAUCUUCUUCAAUUCUUCAUUUGAAGAGGCGCCAAAACCAAUCAUCAUGACGAUGAUGACAGCCAAAAUAACGACGCUUAUUCGGCGCGUGUGCUCCCCCGCGCGUGGCAGCCAACACCAUUAUCAGUCCAAGCAUGAACCUUUCCACCACUCCCGUCGUACAAACCGGAACUUGCAGCAGUUCGCUGCCGACUAUAGUUGCUCUGCUUUUGUUUGCUCAAAUUUGAAAUAUGUACGUGUGCCCCCAAUCAAAUGUGAUCACAGUUUUAUCACACCCAAAUGACCCAAUCAAUUCAAAAACCCAGUUUUUCAGUUCACCCAACUUUCGUGGAUCCUGUGCAUGAAGAUUGCCCUUGGUGCUGCCAAAUCUCUAGCAUUUAUUCAUAAUAGUGAGGGAAAAGUGAUCCAUCGGGACGUCAAAAGCUCUAAUAUCUUGCUUGAUUCAACCUACAAUGCCAAACUCUCUGAUUUUGGUUUGGCAAAGGAUGGACCAGCUGGUGUUAAAAGCCAUGUCUUAACAAGGGUGGUGGGGCACAUGGGACAUUUAACCUGCAAGAGUGAUGUAUAUGGUUUUGGAGUUGUUAUGCUUGAAAUGUUGUCCGGAAGACGAGUUCUGGAUAAUAGCAGACCACCCAGGGAACACAAUUUAGUCGAAUGGGCCAAACCUUACCUUACCUCUCAAAAUUUUUGGUGCUCGUAUUGAAGGCCAGUACUCUGUGGCAGGAGCUCUCAAAGCAGCUAACCUUGCAAAUCGAUGCAUAUCAGCAGAACCCGAGUUUAGGCCAAAGAUGAAUGAGGUGGUCACAGCAUUAGAGCAGCUUCAGGAAU